AGGCGUAGAAAAGAUGCUGCAGUGCAGUGACGCAGCCAUGCAUUAAAGGCUGGCCAUUUUUCUUUUCUUGACAAAUAAAUGGAGAUGCCAUUUUUACUCCAUUGCAAUGUAUUUCCACAUCAUUAGCAUAAUGUCACCAUAUCCUGGAGUUUACAAACUGGUUGGGGAAUUUCAUGUUGUGUUUCAUAUCGUCCUUGACAUGAAAUUAGCAAUAUUGUCGCCACUAGGGUGACAUGUGGCGACAUUACAUGCAGGGAAAUCACACAUUUAAUGUCGGUCCGUUCACCCAUUUUCUUCUUCCUCUACCCCCAGCUGGCGUUAAAUCCAGCGAAUAUUGCGUCCUGAAAGAAGAUCUGUUUUGCCUCCAGCGUCACUCCAGCUGUCUUAUUCAAUUGCAUUGUUCUAUUUUUAGCUUGAAUGCUUUUGUUUUAGCUGGAUAAAUGUAUAAUUCACUGGGUUUGUUUGUGUGUGUGUGUGUGUGUUUGGGGAUCAUGUCCACACAUGUAUGUGUCUCUACAGACAUGCUUGUGUACAAUGGCAUACAGCAGUCAUCUUGUUUUGUAUUGGCCUAUCUUUGUCAUCCUUCCUCAUGGUAAGUAAUAGAGUGGAAGCACUGAGGUCCUACAAUUUGGAUUUUCCCCCAAAUAUUUUGGGGGAAGAUCUGCCAAAAAAGUCACACAAAACCUUGGACCACUGUCACGUGUGAUUUCAGCAGGGAGGUCCAACGAUCGAUACUGCUAUCCUAGUUUCUUGUGCGAGCGUUAUAUAGAAUGCAGCCAUGUUUACCUGUCAUAUGCUUGUCACUUAUUAUCAAAUGAUAGUGAGUGUUAUACAUGUUUAUGUUUUAACGUUUACAUUAAGACAACGGGCGGCACGGUGGACGACUGGUUAGAGCGUCAGCCUCACAGUUCUGAGGACCCGGGUUCAAUCCCUGGCCCCGCCUGUGUGGAGUUUGCAUGUUCUCCCCGUGCCUGCGUGGGUUUUCUCCGGGCACUCCGGUUUCCUCCCACAUCCCAAAAACAUGCAUUAAUUGGAGACUCUAAAUUGCCCGUAGGCAUGACUGUGAGUGCGAAUGGUUGUUUGUUUCUAUGUGCCCUGCGAUUGGCUGGCAACCAGUUCAGGGUGUACCCCGCCUCCUGCCCGAUGACAGCUGGGAUAGGCUCCAGCACGCCCGCGACCCUAGUGAGGAGAAGCGGCUCAGAAAAUGGAUGGAUGGAUGGAUGGAUGGAUUAAGACAACGGACUAGUGGUUACCAGGUUUGUUUUUUUUUUUUUACCACAGUUCCAAGGUACGGGGUUCGAAUCUGUGGUCUGGCCUUCCUGUGUGGAGUGUGGAUGUUCUCCUCGUGUCAAUGUGGGUUUCUUCGGGUACUCCGGCUUCCUCUCACAUUUCCAAAAUGUUAAGUUCUUUGAACACAAAAUUGUCCGUGGAUGUUUGUUUGUCCAAACGACCAACAUCGUGGGACAGCUUGUGAUUGAGGUAUUGCUGUAUUGCAUCGGAAUGGUGACUAUACAUUUUUAUUUUUUUUUUGUACAUAGCCCUUAUAGCUAUGCGUCUGUUCUGUGGAGAUAAAGUGCGUCCAUACUUGGCUAAUUAAGAAGUCUGAUGUGGUCCCAGUGAUAAACACAUAGAGUACACUGAUGCUGCUUUGACUGUGUCUCGUUCAAACAGAGCCAAAAAUCCCGUUUGCCCAGCCAACACUGAUAUCGGAAUACAAGAACAUCUGCUGGUUCAGAAAUCUCAAAAAUAUUCAAGUCACGUAAGAUUUGCCAGCAGGAAGGACAAAUCAACAUUUCCCACAGACGUCGCGACAAGGGAGUCAUCCGUGUGUUCAAAUGCAGAAGCAGACUGCCAAUCAUGCAGCUUGUUCUUGUGUAGGAUGGAGCGUGUUUAAGUGUUCAAAGUGGAGCUUCCCCCGACUCCGGUUUAUUUUGACUUGACUUGUCCAAGCAUUUUAGUAGAUGUUUAUUAGCUUUGAACGGUUCCAAGUUAAUAGGUUUUUUUGGUUUGUGAGUUCUCAUUUCCUGUCACCCUGGGACGUCUUUGGAUGUGCUCCACUGUCAGAAUGUGUGUAUUUGUGCACGGGAGACAAAUCCACAACUUGUGGUUAAGUCAAUAGGAGGAGGUCUGUUUGCUGUGGCACGAGGCCCAGAAGACUUCCAAACAUGCAGUAAGUUAGAGUCCAACUUACUGUGCUGUCUUGUGCAUGUCUGCUCUUACAGUAUGCUCAAGUUGGGCUGAAUGUACAUUCACAAGUAGACUGACAAUCAACCACAUGACACAGGAGGGCAAUAAACACAACAUGACUCAGACAUGCUGUAAGUAAAACUUAGAUGUAAAGAUGUGAAGAAAACCAAAGACACAAUCACUGUCGUUAAAUAUAUUUUAUUGACUGUGCUUAAGAUCAUACUUUAACUAAACCCUCGAGGAAAGUAGCACCCAAUGUAAAGCAGACCUCCACCAAGUUUGAACUAUUGACAAAAAAGAAAAUUGUGGACCUCUGUAUUUGUUUGGUAGACCACAUUGUGGCAGCUUCUGCAAUCAGCAGGGUGCACUCUGACAAGAAUGAGGCAAUAGUUGGCAAUAAAUAGUCUUUAUUAUGAAAAUGCAAUAGAAAGAAAAUGUCACCUCCUGGUGCAACAUCAGAUUUUUGUCAUUAAAACACAAUAAGUGUCAAAUAAAAAACAAGCCUAACACAAACUAUAGUGCUUGGCAAUUUCUGCAAUGAACAGCACGCGUGCAUCCAUGCACAAGGCAGGAUGGAAGAUCUGGCAAAGGUGCUAGACACUUUUUUUUUGUGGUGCUGCUGCUGUUUUUUCCAAGUAGUUCAGUUCAGUCACAAUAUAUUGUAACAAUUCGGUGCUUGUUCAUUUCCAACUAAACGCGACUACAUAGAUGAUGAUGUGAGUAAUUUGAUGGUUUAACACAGCGUUUACCACAAAACCUUGAGGACGUGUUGCAAGUAUGAAAACACAUGCAAACCGAGCUUAUACCCACCCAACCCCCCCACCUCCCACACCCCAUCGUCAUCAUUUCGCAGCACACACAUCUAAUGGAAAGUGUCAGUUCGGAGUGAGGAGGAAACCGAGAUUGUUUACUGGAAUAUAUAUCACAUGCAGUAUGAAAUGUGCAUAACCAUUGGCCUCUUGUACACUGUUAUAAUACUUUAAGGCUAAAGCAAAACUCUUAUUUUCUGCUGAAGUGCAGUUUCAGACAUGCUGGCGGGGCUGCAAUAUGAAGGUACCUUCUUUCGUUACAAAAACAAAACUCUGACCUGCCAACACGAAACCAACUAUAUAUCAAAAUUGUGAACAUGCUUAUAUUUCUCCAAAAACAACAACAUGGGAAUAUCAAGUUUAUUUCAUGCGAAAAAAAAAUCUAAGCAAUUCUGUGGCAACAGGGAGUUAAAAAAAAAAAAUAAGUGUGUGAGAAAGCCUCAAGGACCAGAUGCACUGGAAUGCUCAAAGGAGACGCUGGAAUUUUGACUUUUUAAUGGCUUGUUUAUAAAUAGCCAACGGAUGAAAUUCAAUAAUUAUAUUAUUAAUCUUGCGUUAUCACCCUUUUUCUGACAAUGUGUCUAUGACCAAGCCGUUCUGCACUUUAGCCCCACUGUUACGUAACAGCGGCUAAUUUACAUAACCACCCCAUACCGACAAAAAUAAAGCCACUGCUACUGUACAAUGUCAAAACCACAAGCUAAGCAGAUCUGCGUUAAAUUUUGUUGGAUUAGCGUCGGUUUGUGAUCAGAUGCAAAUGCUUGAUUGCUCGUUGAAGUUGUUGAUGUGGUAGAAGGGGUAUUAUUUAUAGUUAACGAAAUAGGUGCUGUACUACCAGGCUUAGUAAGUUGCAGCUAAAAUAAACAGAUAUUUUUUUUUUUUUUGAGGGGACGUGAGAGAAAGGAGUAGAGGAAUUUCUUUAUAUAUUCUGUCACAGAAAAAAGCAAGUGCCUUGUGUGGAUGCAGGGCGUAUGUGUGGAAUACUUCUCAAGGGGAAUAACACCCACAAAUCCGAAAGUGCAGUUGAGAAGUUCGCAACUUGGCAGAAAGUGAAGGAAAGCAAUACCGUCAUAGCUGCAUUUGAGACAUUUCGUUCAUUCAACAUGCAAGGACUAUAAUUUGUUUUUGUUUACGAUGAUGGACAGAAGGGCGGCACAGUGGACGACUGGUUAGAGUGUCUGCCUCACAGUUCUGAGGUCCAGGGUUCAAUCCCUGGCCCCGCCUGUGUGGAGUUUGCAUGUUCCCAAAAACAUGCACGGUAGGUUAAUUGACAACUCUAAAUUGCCCGUAGGCAUGACUGUGAGUGCGAAUGGUUGUUUGUUUGUAUGUGCCCUGCAACUGGCUGGCAACCAGUUCAGGGUGUACCCCGCCUCCUGCCUGAUGAUAGCUGGGAUAGGCUCCAGCACACCCGCGACUCUAGUGAGGAGAAGCGGCUCAGAAAAUGAAUGGAUGGAUGGUUGAUGGACAGAAGGCUACAGUAUCUAAGUUAAACCCUUUUUAAAAAAAAAAAAAAAAGCAUGAGCGUGAAUGGCAAGCUAGGCAAUUAUUCAUAAUUGGACAUGGGACAUAAGCGCAGGUUUGAUCACUGUGUAACAGAAUUUGAAAGACAAGGCUUCUUUCCCCAGUCUAACAAAAGUCAGACUCUCCGUUGGCCCAUCAGCCCCAUCAUACACAGUCGCUCACUUGCACUAGACAGCCGCUAAAAACAGAAAGAGACAAUAAAUAGAGUGUGUAAAGUGACCUAUAAUUCUUGAUCUUUGGGGUUGUUUGAAGAACACAUCUGACACCUCAGAAUUGUUUUAAAAUGCAUAUAUGUCUUCUUUAAAGGCAAACAAACACGUUUCUAUGCAGCCUCGUCUAAGAAAUAUGCAUGUGUGUGAUUAGCAUCUUUUCUAGCAAAGUGGGGCGAGGAGAAGCAUCCUGGAAAUUGAUGCGUUAUUCUUCCAUCUUUUUGUCUUCUGUUUUUAUUCAUUCACGUCUUGCAGUAUACGUACCCGUAUUUGUGUGUGUGCAAAUCAGUGUCUUUUCCAGAAUGUGAUCAAGCAUCCCCUCAGGAAGGUGGGAGGAAAUGCUCGAGCUAUAUAGCGAGAGCAUCUAAUUUCACUCCCUGUCAUGAGUCAUCAUGUUAAAAAGUGCAGGAAAAUAGAGUUUCGCCUAAAAAUAGCAUCAACAAUGUGAAAUCACUCUCCGUCUUCUAAGCCCUUCUUAUCUUACCAACAAUAUUUUACAGUGAAAUAGCAGAGAUUUAUUCGUUUUCCCUCGUAAAUAAAUAACAAUCAGGGGAAGACUGUGCGGUUCAUUAACUAAAAGGAAGUUGCUGUCUGUGAAAGGAGACCAAAUGGUGCAUCAAAGUGGGCCCAGAUGAAUGUUUAAUGGGUUGACUUCCUAACGGCACAGUAAAUUGUGGACGUGGGCUCAUGGAGCGCUGCCGCAUGACCACCGCAGAAGAAACGUCUCUUCUUGGCUGCAUGCUUGGAGCAAAGCAUGAAUUUUCAAAAGUGCUGCCAUUCUCGUGAAUAAGCGUCAACUCUAAACUGUAAAAUGUACUUUUACUGCAUUGAAUAAAAGUAAGGAAAGACCUAAUAAGGUCAGUUCUGCCUUAUUAAGCUUAUAGUAGAAAUCACUCACUUUACAAUAUUCAGUGGUGCCUUGAAAUAUGAGUUUAAUUUCUUCCGUGACCAUGCUCGUAACUCAAAACACUCAAAUAAUUGUUCCCUGUUGACAUUAAUGGAAAUGCCAUUAAUCCAUUCCAGCCUCACCAAGAACAACAAAAAAAAUGUUGUAAGGUGUUUUUUAAUAAGGAAAAUAGCAAUCUAUUAAAUUUACAUUCUGUGAUUGGCUGGCAACCAGUUCAGGGUGUACCCCGCCUCCUGCCCAAUGACAGCUGAGAUAGGCUCCAGCACGCCCGCGACCCUCGUGAGGAGAAGCGGCUCAGAAAAUGGAUGGAUGGAUAAAUUUACAUCAUAAAACAUAUUGUAAUAAGUAGAGCUAUGCAUGAAUGAGUGGCGACUGGAAUUUGCAUUUGAGUCCGUGGGGGAAAAAAACAAAUGCCAAAUCAAAAUUUUUCGGAUUUGAAUCACAACGAAUCAAAGACUAACUAACUACUAACCGCUUACUUUAUUCUGACAAGAGCUGCAAUGCUUGCACCGUAUUUACAUAUUUACAAACUAUUUCAUGAUUUUUAGCCUUUAUGUCCAAUGCCAUUUGGACACUGUGUAGUUUCUGCGCAUGUACGCAUUGUAGCUUCACUGAGAUCUCCAUGGAGUUUGUUUAAAAAAGAAAAAAGAGCUCCCCGCUGAAGGAGACUUACAUUAGCUGAGCUCAAAUGAGCUGCACGGAUAACAGGGAAGCACCACGAUGGAAGCCAAAAAGGAGUUAUCGCUGGAGAUGCCGACUGUGGCAGAUUGAAUGGGAGAAAGUUCAUCCAACACAGCAGUGUGAAGGAUGAUAAGACCGGCUAGAUAGCCAGCAGGUAAAGUAGCCAGCAGGCUAGCUGGAAAGGCGACAGCUUGGUCCACUCCGCGAGAUUAAUGGUGCCAAUAAGCGUAAAACAGACCCGGGAUUCUACCUGUGCCCAAGGUACAGCGAGGGAUCCUGGUUAAAGUAAGCCAUUUUAAACUAAAAAGAAAACCUUUUCUGUGGCAGCUAAAACGCAUCAUUCAAAACAUGCCAGUGGACUCUCUAACUGGUUCAAUAGAUAGUGUUCAAAUAAUCAAAUUGGAUUUUUCAUUUAUUGCGCAAUUAUUUCAGAAUAGUCCUUGGAGUAACGAUUUGAUUAUGAUUCGCGAGUCACUCAUUAUUGUCAAUACGAAUGGCGAAUAGGGCUUUAGGGGCGAGUCCGAGCACUGAUAAAUGGAUAGAUGAUACACACACGCACACACACCUCCACGCACACACAUCCCCACGCAUGCAUAUCCCCACGCACGCACACUGUAGUCCCCGCUGUAUUUGGGCUGCAUGUGCCGCGUCGUUGCAGCACGCGACAACAACGCAGACGCGCGUCGUCCUCCUCCACCGCUGGACACAUCCAUCCGCAUCCACACUUACCGUCCACCGCUGCAACAUGGCAACAGAGUUUCACAGCCUCCAGGAGAUGAGGCGCAGUGCUUCCCUGGUGAUGAAGGUAUUCGUACAGAGGGACUACAGCGAGGGGACCGUCUGCCGCUUCCAGACCAAGUUCCCCCCUGAACUGGACAACAGGAUCGAGCGGAACUUGUUGGAGGAAACAGUGAAGACCCUGAACUCGUACUAUGUGGAAGCUGAAAAAAUCGGAGGCCAGUCGUACCUGGAAGGAUGUUUGGCUUGUGCGACGGCCUACGUCAUCUUUCUCUGCAUGGAGACGCGCUAUGAAAAGGUUUUGAGGAAGAUAACGAGCUACAUCCAGGAUCAGAACGAGAAAAUCUAUGCGCCGCGAGGGCUGUUGAUCACCGACCCCAUCGAGAGAGGAAUGCGAGUUCUGGAAAUCAGCGUAUUCGAGGACCGAGGCUCGGGCAGCUCCAGCCCCAGCAGCGGCACGUCGUCGACGGCUGGUAACGCUCGGUGACUAGAGGGCCAGCGCCGGGCUUACGGGUACGAUCACGGGGGAAGCGGGACACUCGCCAACAUCCGCAUGCUGAAACACGAGAGCACCCGCUUCUGAGGGGUGAUCCACGUCAAGACCAGCAACGUACCACCUCGGUAACAGGAGGAAUGCACAAUGAGUAAGACAAAUAGAAGCUAAUGUUUACAGUCAGGUGCCGACACCAUUCUGUCUUGAAAAGGUGAUAUUUUUUUCGUCUUUUUCCAGUCACCAUUUGUCUCAUUCUGACUAUUCCUUUUAUUUCCCAUGAAUCCAUCUGUGAGUUGAUUUCGAGUCAGCAGGCUUAGACUUGAUUAGACUGAGUGCCAACACUUAAUUGACUGAAGCAGGGAGGCAGUGUUUAUAUUGCUGGUGCACUGGCAGGGAUGGUGUGGCAAUUCAAUUCAUCAAGAUUGAAAAACUACCACUCACUCCUCUCCAGUCUUGUAUUCAGAAGGCAUUUGGGUGGUGCUGCUACAUUUAUUGUACAGUGGAACCUCGAUAGAACGGACUAAUAGGGCGAAGGUUGUCCGAUAUAGCCAAUUGCUCAUUACAUUGAAGCACUUUUUGUUUUUUGUUUUUUUUUGAGGCCAUAUGCACCCAUAUUACUGUGCAGUACAAAAUUAUUGUUUUGUAGGUAUUUUUCGUGGCCUAAAACUCCCAGUACAGUACAAAAUUAUUGUAAAUAAAUAUUUUAAAAAAGCUUGAAAAUGUUUGAAAGUUUCACAUUUUAUCCAAAUUUACCAGUGUGCUUGGUCAUGGUGACGUUUGCCCCUUUUCCAUUGUACUGGUUCUACCCCCAACCAACCUCGCUCUGCCCUGUGUGGUCACUUCUUCAUUACACUUUUUCAAGGCCAAGUGGUGACAAUGGCACCGGUUUUCAGAACCUCCUCCGACCUGGUUCUAAAACGCAGGCCGAGGAGGGCCGUGGCGUAACUGUCAUCUGAUUGGCUGACAGAAGUAGGCAUUUCUUUAAGUGCGGUGACUUGUCACAUUCACAGUCAUGGCAAGAUAAAUACAGCGAGAUGGAACAAGCGCGCCACCUUCUUCUUGAUCCCGCUCCAAUCCCUCCCACUUUUGAUUGAUCCCUGUUGUAAUGGAGAAACAACAGAAGCCAGGCCAGGCCAAGUGAAGCCAGGGCAGAGCGUGGCCAGGCCGUUCUGAAACUUAUAAUGGGAAAGCGACAAUUGUCGACGAUGGCUGCCACAUAAGCUCGGGAGGCACAUCUUUUGGAAUUUUGGAAUCUCUGAUCCGGAAAUAUGUCAGUUCUAUUCUCUGCCUGCAUGGCGCCACAGCGCCAGUAAACAACAGCAGCCAAUUCUGGAACUAACAGACUUUGUCCACGGCAGUUUAAUUGACAAAUGGAAACUACUUUGGACACAUUUUUCAGUCACGACGGUCAGUUUUAUCCAAAAUACGUUCUAUAUGGGUCCGCUUUAUCGAGGUGACACUGUAUUUAGCUUCAACAGAGAGCAUUUUGGAUUAGUUAUAUGCUUCUAUUGUACACUAGUGAACAAUGUCGACAUGAGGGGUGGGACAACAUACCAACGAUGCCGAACUUUCGAACUUAACAGCAUUUGACUUGAUUUAAUCUCUUUGUAUCUUAACGACCAAUGAAAACAUGUUUUAAUCAGAAGUGUUUUUACAUUUGGAUGUUUGGCUACGCACGGCUCACAGCAACAUAAAAAAAUGAAGUUGACCCAAGUUACUUUGUUUUAAUAAACAAAUGCGGAAAACCUUGGAAAAGGAACAUGGAUUCAAAGUCAAAUCUAAAUGACCAUUGUUACGUUAUUGUAAAAAAAAUAAAAAUAAAUGCGCACAAACUUGGACAACAAAUGUAUUUGAAGCACAUAAAUUAUUGUCUUUACUUUGGGACAAUCUUGGCAGAUAAUUACUCAUAAAGCAUUCAGAUCGAAGCAUUCAGAAAAUGGAUGAAUGGAUGGAUGAUCGAAGCAUGCAGGUCAAAAUCAGAUGAAUAAAUUCGCCAUUAAAUUAUUAUUAUCUCAGUUUGGUGUAAAAUGUGAAUAGCAAUGCUUUUAUAACAGAAUGUGCUAUGUGCAAACUUAGUUUACUUUGUUAUCUAUCACUACAGGCUAAAAUAUAUAAAAAUAAAUGUGUAAAAAUGUCCGCUCAAACAUUUUAAAACAUUAAACGUAGGACAUUAAGGGAUGAUAUCACAUUUCUGAUGCUUAAUACUCAGCUGAAUCAUUAGUGUAUUUUUUUAUAUAAAAUUUUAUGAUCAAAACUUAUGCUACUCUGCAAUUCCCACCCCCUAGUCGGCAUGUCCACACCACAGCUGCAGGUUCCACUCCCACGCGUACCAAAAUAUUCCAGAUAUUCCCCGAGAUACACGCUGGACUAAAGACGUGCACAUACAGCAUGCAGCUGUAGAGAAUGGGGGUUCUUACACACAAACACACACACACUAUUUGGCAGCCAUUUAUACCGACCUGGGCCACAGUAUUCUCUGAGGUUCAAUAUCGGCUCUGCAAGACUGUGCUUGUUUGUUUAGUUGUGUAGAUCCCUGUCCUAAUGCUACUCACACGCAAUCAAGUAAAAUAAAUACAUUGAUUUAAAAUUAGAAGUGUCAGAUAGAUGUUGACAUAGCUAAUCUAAAAUGUCAAAUUGUAACCAUAUUAAGUGGUCAAUGACUUGCCUGUUGGUCGACUUUUGAGGCCAAGUGACAUGUUUAGGGUGUCAUUUCUAUGUUGUACUGUAAUUCAAAGUUCUAGUGCCCUCUAGGGUAAGACUGAUGCCACUGUUAACUCUUAAAUUUCUUAUUGUAGGGUUUCCCAACUGCCAAGGCACAUAUUUUACAUUAGAAAAAUGUCACAAAAGCUAUAUACUGUACAGUGUACUGUCGUAAUGACUAUCUUGUCUCAAUUUACUAACAAAUUUACUUAGUGUGAAAUCUGGGCCUGUUUAGUCGAACACAAAGCUAUUAUUCUGUUGUUUGAAUGACAGCAGGUGGAAAUACUGGUUAAUUGUACCUUCUGCCAUCGAGCAGAACAGCAUGAAGUUGUUCUGUCUCCCACUAUAUGUCGCUGACAUAGAUAGGUGAAAAUAGAUACAUUAUUUCUAGUAAAUAAAUAAUACUUUUCGGACCAAUUAGGUGAAAUUGUAUAAUUUCCAGUGGCAAACCUGAUGAUCUUUCAUGGCACACUGGUUGGGAAUCACUGUCCAAAAUGUUUUUGUCUUCACCCCUUCACAUCUUUAAACAUGGCCUCAGUAAGUCAUUAAAAUAGAACUGUGAGGCAGACACUCUAACCAGUUUUCCACCGUGCCAUGUUUGCCCAUAUUUAUGUAUUUUUCUUCUUAUAAAAUGUUGAACAUUUAUUCUUCUCACCAUAUGAAUACUGUAUGAGAAAUGAAAUGCGGUUUGUAAAGGUUAUUUAUUUAUAGUAAUACUACUAGGAUUCAUAAUAAUAAGAAUAACUCCUAAUAAUAAGAAGAAGGAAAUUGUUUUCCGUAAUUUAGGUGCUUAAUAAAAUUAUAUGGUCAAUAUAAGAAUACUUCUAUAUUGUUCUACGGCGUCUGACAUCAGAUGAUCCUUUUGUUUUCAAUUAUCUUAUGUUCAAACUUCAGCUUUACAGAUGCCAUGUCUGCUUCUGGUGACAGCCUUCUGACUCCUACGGCUCUUAAAAGAAGCCAAGUGUGUUUUCUAGAUGUGUAACUAAUGGAGAAUGAAAGAGAUUCGUAAUUAAGGGAAUAAUACAUGAUAUAAAAACGUUGCCACCCAUAAUAAAGUGAACAAAGUCUG